AUGUUUGCCAAUCUUAUUUUCUUCUGCUUAAUCGCCUGCGCUUUUACAUCAUCUCAAUCUGGAUCCUCUUCAUCAUCAUCAUCAUCAUCAUCAUCUUCUGCAUCGGGUACUACAACUCCUUCAUUGUCUGAAGGACCUUGCCCAAUUGUGGUUGUAGAACCCGUUGAUUUAAACAAAAAAGCUGGAUAUUGGUAUGAAGUUCAACGUAGCACUAACAAUUACGAUGGUUCAGAUAUAUGCGCUAAAGUACAGUGGCGCAAACCAGUAAAGGGUGUUUCAGUAGUUAUUAACAAGAGUUAUUCAACUGUAUCUGACGGUAUUGCAACAUCAGUUGAAAGGGUAAUAAAAGACCGACAAGGAACAAGAUUUAUCUAUGGUAUUCCGGUAUUGGGUAAUGUUAAUAAAGAACACUUGGUUCUUGAUAUCGACUACAAGAAGUACUCGAUACUCUGGACCUGCGAAAAUCGAAAAAAUGGACACGUGGAAACAGCUUGGGUUAUGUCACGGCGCCCUGCAUUACCUAAAAACAUAGAUCAGCUGAAAGAAAGGGCAUUCGCUAAAUAUAACCUCACAGUACCGGAGAUGACCGCGGGAGUAUGGUACGAAGUUCAACGCAGCGCCAAUAUUUUUGACGGCGAAGGAUGUCAAAUAUUAACCUGGGGCAAGCCAACCAAAGGUUUUUCACGAAUUACGACUACAAAAAUUUCAGCAAAUUCAAAAAACAAUUCUACGACCACUGCUUUGGUAAAAGCAAAUAGUCAAGCCCAAUUUUUUAACUACGACUUUCCGAUGGUCGGUAACUUCGGCAAAGAGUACUUUCCUCUUAGUAUCAAUUAUCGCCGCUAUGCGAUAGUCUGGGGCUGUGAAAAUCGCGGUGACAAACACAUUGAGACUGCCUGGAUAUUUGCAAGGAAGCCUAAAAAGCCGUGCAAGAUUGAAGCGCUCAUGCGAGACGCUUACGCAAAAUAUAACCUCACUGUGCCUGAGAUUAAAGCUUCUUCGAGAGCAUCAGCUUCAACUUACACGAAGCCACCUCUUGUGACUAAGGGUCAUUGUCCUGUAAUAGCUACCGAUCCAGUUGACUUCACCAGGCAUUGUGGAAUAUGGUACGAAGUCCAACGCAGCGCUAAUAGCUACGACAGUGUAGAUCAAUGUCAAAAAAUGCUGUGGGGUAAACCAGUUAACAAUGUUUCACGAAUCAUAACCAAGAGUUCUUCUACUUCGGGGUCCUUCACUUCAACAACGACUGCCCAUGUAACGCAAAAUGAUGCAGGAACGGGUUUUUCCUACCGGCUUCCAACAAUGGGCGAGGUUCCUAAACAAUACUAUGCUGUUGGUUUCAAUUACGUAGAUUACACGAUAGUCUGGGCGUGCGAGAAUCGCGGAAACGGACACGUUGAACAGGCCUGGGUGUUUUCACGAGAACCAGCACAGCCUUAUAACAUCAAUGCGUUGAUGAAAGACGCAUUUGCGAGAUAUAAUCUCACAAUCCCAGAAAUGGUAAAGAAUGAUCUUGCAGGGUGUUGCCGAAUUUAUUCUUCUUUCGAUUUCGAUAAAUCGGGAAGUGAAGCUUCUUCAUCAUCUUCAUCCGUCUCUCAUGCUUCUUCUUCAUCAUCAUCAUCAUCAUCAUCAUCCAAUGCCAAACCUUCGUCACAUAAUGGUCCUUGUCCUAAAGUAGUUGUCAAUCCACUCGAUUAUAACAGAUUAGCUGGCGAAUGGUACGAAGUACAACGAAGUGUUAAUAAUUACAAAAAUUCAAGUAGGUGUCAUAAAGCAAUGUGGCGUGAGCCAAUUAACAACGUUUCGACGGUGAUAGAUAAAUCUUUUUCAAAUUUAUAA